AAAAUUAGUUUACAAACAGCAGUUCAGUAUUAUUCUGGCUUUUCCUUAAUUUUUUUGGUCACACUGGUUACCGAGCAAAGUAUAAAGCGAUUGGGCUAUCACUAUUGUGACAUUGGUUUUUGGUCUCACAGUACUACGCUUUACAGGCAUUAUGGUGGGAAAGUGGAAGAAGAGAUAUAGUUCUAGGAUCGAGAAAUUUUCUGCCCGCGGGGAGAAAAUGGCUUUAAUAAAUGCGGUCAAGGCGAAGCCCAUAAUGUGGGAUUUAAACCACAAAGAUCAUUUUAAUGCCAGACAUAUCAAAAGUGCCUGGGAGGAAGUUGCCGCAGAGUUACAGAAAGACGUGAGCGUUUGCAGAAACGCAUGGAAAUCCCUGCGGGCCAGCAUGCGCUACCACCAGAAGAUGUCCAUAACAAGGAAAACAAGUGGAAGUGCUGCAGGGUCCGACGUUCCCGAUCCGAAGGCGAAUGACGACUAUGAUUGGGUCUUUGCGCCACAUAUGACUUUUUUGCCGGACCUCUGGGAAAAAAGGGGACCGCUUCAGCUACCAAAACCACCAGAGGCGUCAACCUUGUGCGAAACUUCCGAGGAAUCAGAAGACGUGUUUGCCGAAUACCUCGACGAAAGUCAGCCGAGCAGCCCAUUCGACCAGAGCAUGUUAGAGGAGCAGGAGCUACAGCUGCAGAAGGAAAUUGAGGACAUGGAGAAGGAGAGAGCUGACCGCUGUGUGCUAACACAGAAAUUUUCGGAGUACGUGGACUUGCAGAAGUCCAUACUAUCGCAGGCCCCAAACGUUCGGUCGCUGGUCUCCUACUGGGGCAGUAUACUACAAGAUCUGCCAAAAGAACUCCAAGAUGAAGCCGAAGAGCGUGUAACCAAAUUGCUGUGGGAUUUGAAAAAAAGAGCAAAAAACUAUAGAUAAAGUUACUAAGUAUUUAUUACUAAUUUCGUCAAAAUAAAAAUAUAAAUGUCUGUCUUUUUCUUAAA